AUGGCGGCUACUACUGCACAGGUCAUCGGUUGUUUCUCUCCUGGAGCCUCUCCUUCGCUGCUCUGUCCAAUCUUCGUCGCGGCUGUGGUGCUGUCCUUUGGAUGCAUGAUUAGCCCUACCCAGGCUCUCCAGAGCAUUACCAUCAGCUCCAGAUACUACUACGUUUCGUCCAAGACAAAGGGUGUUUCCCCUUCACCCUACACUGGUUCCUUUCAAGUUUCCGUCAAGAUGACUGAAUUCACUCAACUGGUUGGGUACACUCUUCGUGUGUUUGCCCUGCCCCACAAACCCAAAGCCAACUUUUCUGAUGUCGGGAUUUUCAAGGGGAAGGAGGGCGCCACGGGUCCUUUAGUGACGUCCUUCCCCUGCAGGAUGCACACUGUGGGGACUGGAUAUGUCUGCUUUGGCGAAGCCCGUACGACCCUGGAUAAAUCAUGGACCCCUAAGCUCAAAGCAGCCGAUCUGAUUAAAGCUGGCGCAUAUGACACCCCUGGUAACUUCUAUGUUAAUGUGACAUAUUGCGGAGCUACCACUGCCUCUGGCGGAUCUAGUGGUAUCAUUAGGGGACAGUUAGUGGGCUGA